GGAAUCCCCAUCCGUUAUUUAUUUCCGUUUUCCUCGACGCGCAAGAACUUUUCUCCCAGCUUAUAAGUGGCGGAGGAGGGGAGGCGGAAGAAGAAGCCAACCCAACCAAGCGUUCAAGCAGAGCAGACGACCGGCCGGACGCGGGACGACGACGACGACGUACCAAUACCAAUCCAACCAGCAAGCCAAGCUCGUCGGCGCCCACCCUUCGCCGCAAGAUAGACCAUGGGUGGGGUACUUGGUUUGAUACAGAUUGAUCAAUCGACAGUAGCCAUCAAGGAGACUUUUGGAAAGUUUGAUGCGAUCCUGCAACCUGGAUGCCACUGCUUGCCAUGGUGCCUGGGGCAGCAGGUUGCUGGAUAUCUUUCUCUGCGUGUGCAGCAGCUUGACGUCCGAUGUGAAACUAAGACCAAAGAUAAUGUCUUUGUCAACGUUGUGGCAUCUGUGCAGUACCGUGCUCUUGCUGACAAGGCAUCUGAUGCCUUUUACAGGCUUAGUAACACCAGGGAGCAAAUCCAGUCCUAUGUCUUUGAUGUGAUCAGGGCUAGCGUUCCAAAGAUGAACUUGGAUGAUGUAUUUGAGCAGAAGAAUGAAAUAGCAAGGGCUGUGGAGGAGGAGCUUGAAAAGGCAAUGUCUGCCUACGGAUACGAGAUUGUGCAAACUCUGAUUGUUGAUAUUGAGCCAGAUGAACAUGUGAAGAGAGCUAUGAAUGAGAUUAAUGCAGCUGCUAGGAUGAGGUUGGCAGCCACUGAGAAAGCAGAAGCAGAAAAGAUUCUGCAGAUCAAGAGGGCUGAAGGCGAGGCAGAAUCAAAGUACCUGGCUGGUGUGGGUAUUGCAAGGCAGCGUCAGGCGAUCGUGGACGGUCUGAGAGACAGCGUUCUCGCCUUCUCUGAGAAUGUGCCUGGGACUUCCUCCAAGGAUGUCAUGGAUAUGGUUUUGGUGACGCAAUAUUUCGACACAAUGAAAGAUAUUGGAGCAUCUUCCAAGUCUUCAGCAGUGUUCAUCCCUCACGGGCCUGGCGCCGUCAAAGACAUCGCUUCACAGAUACGAGAUGGUCAGCUCCAGGGCAGGAUGGUUUGAGGAGUGUUGGAAAAUGGAUGCCACUUCUAUAUGCAUACUUUUAAGUACAUACAGCUUAUUCUUAUAGUACUAUAUGUGAGAUUGUGCCUAGAUGGAUGAUAACAUCAGUACUUGCUUGGGUUGUGCCACUCGUUUUUCUGUAAAAAAUAUCAGUUGUGCUAUCA